GUUUGUGUUCAUCUUUAGCGCGCGUCGGUUGUGAAACUCGUUUUGUUCGUAAAAAACAAAACAUUUGUCAUCGUUGCUGACAACUAAUUUUUGUAGUAUAUUUAACAACAAUAAGAGACCAGCCACAAAAUGAAAUUCGAUCUUACUGUUGAUCAAGGACCAUGCCAAACAGAUUUGCGUACUUGGUGUCUGGGUUACGCAGCCUUCACGCUAUUAUUCUUUGUAUUAGGCUCGAUAUUAAAUCCCUCGACUCUUUCUUUCGUUGGAUUAGCAUUAACUAUCGGUUGCAAUGUUUGCUUAAUCUUGGGUUGUAAGCGGGAAAGCUAUAUCUUGGUUGGAAUUUGGCUUAUAUAUGGCUUUCUCAUGAUCAUCGGAUAUCCGUUAGCCUGGAUCUUUGGUGGCACCUCCGAAGGAUUUAUUGUGGCAACAAUAGUUUUUAUCGUGAUGUUUGCUCUUCAUUUAUACUGCACUCGCAUUGUCUUCUCGUACUUCCUGCUACUGAAGAAUCGUGAGGCGAGACCGCAGAGUGUACCCGUUGUUUAAUUCUCCAAACCAGCGAUAGUACUUCAGGAAUUAUUUAAUUUAAGAGUUAAUCGUGUGCCUGAAUCAUAUAAAUGUCUACAAUCUCUAUGCCUAAAUCAAAUAUCUGUAACAAACAGAUGAUUUUUUAAUAAAAUGCUUUUGUUGAUCGUUAUUUGAUUCUCUAAACCAACGAUAGCAUUUAAGAAAUUAUUUAAUUUAAGCGUUAAUCGUGUAUCUGUUUCAUAUAAAUGUCUUCAAUUUUUUACGUUUCUACACGUCUGAAAAAGUAGAAAAUUUUGAAAUAAAAUGCUUUUGAUGUAUUGAAUUGCAA